ACCCGUAGGGCCAGGCGUGCAGCGUGCGGUGACAGUGGCGCGGGCGGCGGCGCUGCGUGGCUCUGGAGGACCGGCGCGGACCUGCAGCGGCUCGCUGAGGCCGUGGCUCGUCGCUGCAGCUGUCAGGACUCUUGGGGGCGAACUUGCCAGACAGAGAAGAGCGGAAGGGAAGGGGGAUUAAAGUGUUAGGUGGCUGCGUAGACCAGAGACCAUGAUCUGCCCAGCAUGACUUGUAAAGCUUGUGGCUGUUUAAGAUCACUUAACUCUCAGUCUUGUGUUUCCUGAGUAUUUGGCAGCUCGGGUCCGCACGGCUGACCUCGCACUCCUUUGCAGAUGCAUGGGCAUGGAGGCUAUGACUCUGAUUUUAGUGACGAUGAGCAAGGCGGAGGCUCCAGCAAAAAGAGGAAGAAGACAGUCGAAGAUGAGUUGCUGCUUACAAAACCGUUUCAAAAAGAAAGGCAUGGAAAGGUGGCCCAUAAACAAGUCGCCGCAGACUUGCUCGACAGGGAAGAAGCAAGAAAUAGAAGGUUUCAUCUCAUAGCUAUGGAUGCUUAUCAAAGGCACACCAAGUUUGUAAACGACUAUAUUUUGUACUAUGGUGGCAAAAGAGAGGACUUUAAGCGGUUGGGGGAGAAUGAUAAGACAGAUCUGGAUGUUAUACGAGAAAAUCAUAGAUUCCUUUGGAAUGAGGAGGAUGAAGCAGAUAUGACUUGGGAGAAGAGACUUGCAAAGAAAUACUAUGAUAAAUUAUUCAAGGAAUACUGCAUAGCUGAUCUCAGUAGAUACAAAGAAAAUAAGUUUGGAUUUAGGUGGCGAAUAGAAAAAGAAGUAAUUUCAGGAAAAGGCCAGUUUUUUUGUGGAAAUAAAUGUUGUAAUGAAAAAGAAGGCCUGAGGAGCUGGGAAGUCAACUUCGGUUACACUGAGCACGGUGAAAAGAGAAACGCACUUGUUAAAUUAAGAUUAUGCCAAGAAUGUUCCUUUAAAUUAAAUUUUCAUCACAGGAGAAAAGAAAUCAAGUCAACAAAGAAAAAGUCUAAAACCACGCCUGAGUGUGACGAGUCACCUCGUAAGAAAUCCAGAUCGCCACCUUCAGAGGAAGCUUCCAAGGGGAAGGAUGAAGGACAUUCAUCCUCAAAGAAGUCAGAAGAUUCUAGAAACAGAAACGCUGAGGAGGAAGACAGUGCUUCAGACUCUGAGCUCUGGAAGGGUCCGCUGCCAGAGACAGAUGAGAAGUCCCAGGAAGAAGAAUUUGAUGAUUAUUUUCAGGAUUUGUUUCUGUGAACUGGGAGAGAGAAUCUUAUUCCUUGGUGAGGAGAUGUACAGAGACACUCGGUGAGUGUGUCCAUGCUGUUGAGUCUGGACAGCCACUGGGAUAGAUCCUUCAGCAGCACGGGACAUUUCAGACAUUUCCUCCUUUACUUUCGUGGCUGCUCGGCUGCUUAUCUAAAACCUGGUUUUGGCUCUAGCUCUACAGUUUAUGGUAUACUUGUUUCAAGUGUCAUUUGAACAUGGAGUGAUUGUCAUUGAGCUGUAAAUAAAUUAUUUAGUGUCUUAUUCUAAAA